GAUUCGAGACUCUCUGUUCACGACCUCAGGUUAAUACUUUUUUUUAAAAAAAAAAUGGCAGCAGAAACUCAGACGCUUAACUUUGGGCCUGAAUGGCUGCGAGCUCUGUCUAGUGGUGGGAGUGUGACAUCUCCUCCUCUCUCUCCAGCUUUGCCAAAGUAUAAAUUAGCAGAUUAUCGUUAUGGGAGAGAAGAAAUGUUAGCACUUUUUCUGAAAGAUAAUAAGAUACCUUCAGACCUUCAGGACAAGGAGUUUCUGCCUAUUCUACAGGAGGAGCCCCUACCACCCUUGGCACUAGUACCUUUUACAGAAGAAGAACAGAGAAAUUUCUCCAUGUCUGUAAAUAGUGCUGCUGUCGUACGAUUGAUGGGAAGAGGAGGAGGAGGAACAGUGGUAGGGGCUCCUCGAGGUCGAAGUUCUUCUAGAGGUCGAGGCAGAGGCAGAGGAGAAAGUGGUUUCUACCAAAGAAGUUUUGAUGAUGUGGAGGGUGGAUUUGGCCGAGGCGGCGGCAGAGAAAUGCACAGAUCGCAGAGUUGGGAGGAAAGGGGGGACAGGCGGUUUGAAAAACCAGGUCGAAAAGAACCAGUGAGACCAAACUUUGAAGAUGUUGGAACAGUAACAGCAGCAAGGAAGCACGAAUUUAUUCGCUCUGAGAGCGAGAACUGGCGCAUCUUCAGGGAAGAGCAAAAUGGUGAAGAUGAUGAUGGAGGUUGGCGGCUUACUGGUUCACGAAGGGAUGGUGAAAGGUGGCGUCCUCAUAGUCCAGACGGCCCUCGUUCUGCAGGCUGGAGAGAACAGAUGGAGCGACGGCGAAGGUUUGAAUUUGAUUUCCGAGAUCGGGAUGAUGAACGGGGUUACCGAAGAGUGCGAUGUGGCAGUGGCAGUAUGGAAGACGACAGCCUUCCUGAAUGGUGCUUGGAAGACGCUGAAGAAGAAAUGGGAACUUUUGACUCAUCAGGAGCAUUUCUCUCCUUAAAAAAAGUUCAAAAGGAGCCAAUUCCUGAGGAACAGGAAAUGGAUUUCCGGCCAGUAGAGGAAGGGGAAGAGCGAUCUGAUUCAGAAGGAAGUCACAAUGAAGAAGCCAAAGAACUAGAUAAGACCCAUGUAAGGGAAGCAAUUAAGACUGAGCGAACAGCAGUAGAAGUAGCAGAAAAAACAGUCAAAGAAUCCUCACCAUCCACCAGGUCAGGAACUCCGCCACAGGAGCCAUUACCAGCAAGCCUGCUUGAAAGGAGGGAAGACUGUGUUCCAGAAGUAAUAGGAAAAACAGAAUAUAAAGAGAACCAAAUAGGGGAUAUUCCAACAGCCAAAGUGCCCAAUAGAGAAGUAGAGCCAACUUCUGCUGUCCAGCCUUUACCACCGAUUCCUCCAGAUGCAGCAUCCCCUGUUCAUCUUCCUUCGUCAGAGACUCAUCCAAAGUCUGCCUUAAGGCCUGUUCAGACAUCAGUCACAGCAGCUCCCGGCAUGGGGAGUAUUCCUGCUGACCCUGAUGAUGAAGAGGGCCUCAAACAUUUAGAACAGCAAGCAGAAAAAAUGGUUGCAUAUUUGCAAGACAGUGCCCUGGAUGAUGAAAGGCUAGCAGCCAAGCUUCAAGAACAGAGAGCAAAGGGUACUUCAGUACCAUUACACCACGAGGCCAUGCAAAAGUGGUUCUACAAAGAUCCGCAAGGAGAAAUUCAGGGUCCGUUCAGUAACCAGGAGAUGACAGAGUGGUUCCAGGCUGGGUAUUUCACAAUGUCACUAUUGGUGAAAAGAGCAUGUGAUGAGAGCUUCCAACCACUUGGAGACAUCAUGAAAAUGUGGGGCAGGGUCCCUUUCACUCCAGGUCCAGCACCACCUCUGCAUAUGGGCGAGUUGGACCAGGAACGACUGACUAGACAACAGGAAUACACGGCCAUGUACCAAAUGCAGCACCUCCAGUACCAGCAAUUUUUGUUACAACAACAAUAUGCACAGGUGAUGGCACAGCAACAAAAAGCAGCCCUCUCAUCUCAGCAACAGCAACAGCUGGCUCUCCUUUUGCAACAGUUCCAGGCACUUAAAAUGAGAAAAGCUGAGCAGAACAUGCCGCCUGUAACAAGGUCUGUAUCAGUGCCAGACACUGGCUCAAUUUGGGAGCUUCAGUCAGCAGCCCCACAGGCUACAGUCUGGGAAGGAAGCAGUGUCUGGGAUCUCCCAAUUGAUACUACAGCUCAGGGACCAGCUUUAGAACAGUUGCAGCAGCUUGAAAAGGCCAAAGCUGCAAAGCUAGAGCAAGAGCGGAGAGAAGCCGAACUUAGGGCUAAAAGAGAAGAGGAAGAACGGAAGAGACAGGAGGAGCUACGGAGGCAACAGGAAGAACUAAUCAGGAGGCAAGAGGAGGAAAGAAAAAGAAGAGAAGAGGAGGAGCUAGCUCGCAGGAAACAGGAGGAAGCCCUGAGGCGGCAGAGGGAACAAGAAAUUGCACUAAGACGGCAGCGGGAGGAAGAAGAACGGCAACAGCAAGAGGAAACGCUUAGAAGACUGGAGGAAAGGAGAAGAGAAGAAGAGGAAAGGCGGCAGCGAGAAGAGUUGCUUCGUAAACAGGAAGAGGAGGCUGCGAAAUGGGCACGUGAAGAAGAAGAGGCAAAGCGUCAGUUAGAAGAAAACCGGCUGCGCAUGGAAGAGGAAGCAGCCCGGCAGCGGCACGAGGAGGAAGAACAAAAGCGGAAGGAGCUGGAACUCCAACGGCAGAAAGAAAUUAUGAGGCAGAGGCAACAGCAGCAGGAGGCUUUGCGCCGAUUGCAGCAGCAGCAACAGCAGCAGCAACUUGCACAAAUGAAGCUCCCUUCUUCUUCAACAUGGGGUCAACAAGCCAAUUCAAGAGCAUGUCAGUCCCAGGCAACGUUAUCAUUAGCAGAAAUCCAGAAGCUUGAAGAAGAGAGAGAGCGGCAGCUUCGAGAAGAGCAACGGCGUCAGCAGCAUGAACUAAUGAAAGCCCUACAGCAGCAGCAACAGCAGCAGCAACAAAAACUGUCUGGUUGGGGAAAUGUUGCCAAACCUGCUGCCACUACAAAAUCUCUUUUGGAGAUACAGCAGGAAGAGGCAAGGCAAAUGCAGAAGCAGCAACAGCAGCAGCAGCAGCAGCAACACCACCAGCAGCAAAACAGGUCCCGCAGCACUACACAACAUUCUAAUCUGCACACCAGCAUUGGCAAUACAGUAUGGGGCUCUCUAAACACAAAUCCUGGCAGCCAGUGGGCAUCAGACCUUGUCAGCAGUAUUUGGAGCAACGCUGACACAAAAAACUCAAACAUGGGAUUCUGGGACGAUGCAGUCAAAGAAGUGGGACCUCGCAAUGCAACCAAUAAGAACAAGAGCAAUGCUAGCAUCAGUAAAUCUAUAGGUGUUACAACCAGGCAGAAUAAGAAAGUGGAAGAAGAAGAAAAAUUGUUGAAGUUGUUCCAGGGAGUUAAUAAAGCCCAGGAUGGAUUCACUCAGUGGUGUGAACAAAUGCUUCAUGCACUCAACACAGCCAACAACUUGGAUGUUCCCACUUUCGUUUCUUUCCUGAAGGAAGUGGAAUCUCCUUAUGAGGUCCACGAUUACAUCAGAGCCUACCUUGGAGACACCCCUGAAGCCAAGGAAUUUGCCAAGCAGUUUCUUGAGCGUCGUGCCAAACAAAAAGCCAACCAACAGCGGCAGCAACAGGUUCAUACUUCUGUCUUUGGCGAACACUUACAAGAUUCUGUCUGGGGGAUAAACCAUAGUUCGUUGCAUUCAGUCUUUCAGACCAAUCAAAGCAACAACCAGCAAUCUAACUUUGAGGCAGUUCAGAGUGGCAAAAAGAAGAAGAAACAAAAAAUGGUUCGGGCAGAUCCCAGCUUGUUAGGUUUCUCAGUCAAUGCCUCAUCAGAGCGGCUCAAUAUGGGAGAAAUAGAGACUUUGGAUGACUACUGAAUAUAUGCAACAUGACUGGCUUUUCCUGUGUCUGUUAACCAUGCAUUCUCCACUGCUGGACAGAGUACUUUCUAUCCCCUGCAGUCAUCUUUGCCUUGCUAAUGGAUCAUAGAAUCAAUCAUCUCAGGCUGCUAUUUCUAGUCUCAACAAGUCCUUUCUGCCUAGGAUUGCACAACCACCUUCAUUUCUAUCGGCCUCUGGUUCUUUCUGUUGGAUAGGUGGGAAAGAAGAUUUAUUCAAGAGGCUGAAUGCAAAUCACUGUGCGGUGGUUUCUUCUCCCAAGCUAUUUGGAAAGCCAUUUGGAAGUCUACAUAUGGUAGCUUCCUCCCCUCCCCUCAUCACUCUCAUCACAGUUAACUAGUGCAAUCAUGGUGGAGAGCUCAUGGUUAACAGAUGUCAUUCAGAACCAAAAUGCCACGCAGAUACUGACUUCCACGCUCCAUCAGGGCAAAAGAUGCCUUCCAGUUUCAGGAGGUGCAUUCAUAAGCUAACUGUAGAACUGGUAACAACUGGGAAUGGUGGUGGUAGGCAGCAUCCAGCUUGGAUUGGUUUGGCGUUGCACAUCCCUGCCAGGCCUUCUUCAGCACAUUGAAUUUGGAGAAGUUCAAGUCUACCUUCAUUGGGCGGUGAUGUCAAAGACGCUGGAGUUCAUGCUUCAGCACACUCCAGCCUUCCUGGACAAUUAGGUACUCAAGUUGUGGGAGGAGGCACUUAUUUCAGGCUGAAUUUCUCCUGUAAUUAUAUUUCCUCCAGAGUGAUUGGGCCAGUUAUUUUGGACCCUUCUGCUGUGAAUUUGUCUCGUUUCAGAGACGCAUAGGAUCUUUACCAUAUGUAUCUUCACCAGUUGGUUUUGUGUGGGAGUUGACACUACCUUUGGAACCUGAAACCUAGCCAGAAACCUAGUCAUUUGGUUACUUAUGGUGGUUCAGAAUUUUGUAAGUUCUGCAGCAGCAUUAACGCCAAGGAACAGGAAGCUGUCAUCUUCAAAGUGAAAUAAAUGAGACAAGGAAUCUGAGCAUUGGCAGCGUCUCUGUUUGUAAAAACCACAAGGAGGGAUAAAGUGAGGUGUGCUGUUCCUCGUUAUAUCGUACACUCUCCCGUUGCUUCCAAGCCGUUGUGCUUAUAUAUUUAUGUAAUCCGACUUCUCCUGUCCCAUCCCAGAAUGCUAAACAGUCUGAAGUGACCAGUGCGUUUCAUUUCAAGCCCCUGCCCACGCUCUCACUCGCACAGGGUCGCAGGGUCGCCCAUGGAAGUUAUGCUGCUGGGUGAAGAGCUUUUUCUGCCAUCAUCGCCUGAAGAAGACGAGUGAAGUUGCUCCAGAGCAGUUUGAUUUAGAUUUUCUUUCAUUUGAUUUUCCUCUCUCUUCCCCCCUCUCCCCCAACAUGUACAGUAACUAUACAGAGACGGUUGCAGACUUGUAUAUAGUUUUUGAAUCCAUUAGCACAGAGAGGCUAGGUGCUGUCACAAAUCUGGUCUCCUGAUCUCCUUUGCUUUGUAAACUUAUAAAGGGGGGAAGAGGGGUAGUUAAUGUUUACAGAACUUUAAAUUCCCUCUGAACUCUUGCUAGUAUGAGGGUAAACAAGAGAGAACUUAAAUAAAACCUGGUUGUAUUAUACCUGA